AACCCUAGAAAUUAACGGAAACAUAUUCCACCAAGCUUUGAAUUGCAGCCUCUUCUUGUUCUUCCACCACACACACAACGACAACGCUCGCGCUCUUCAUAGCUCAUCAUCGUCGGCCACCGCGGACUUCACUCGCCGGCUCGGCCUUCCUCUUUUCGCUUCUCUCGCCAGACCAUGGAUUCAUCAUCAUCAGCACUGCUAUACAGCCAUCUCAAGGCUGCAGACCCCUUUUUCUUAAUGGCUGGUCCAAAUGUAAUUGAAUCUGAAGAUCAUAUUAUGCGAAUGGCUGCUCACAUAAAGGCGGUCGCCUCAAAAGUUGGGUUGCCCCUGGUCUUUAAGUCAAGCUUUGAUAAAGCUAAUCGAACAUCAUCAAAAUCGUUUCGAGGUCCAGGCUUGAAUGAAGGUUUAAAGAUCUUGGAGAAGGUUAAAUUAGCAUAUGACUUACCUAUAAUUACUGAUGUUCAUGAAGCUUCUCAGUGUGAAGCAGUUGGCAAAGUUGCAGAUAUUAUUCAAAUUCCUGCAUUUCUGUGUCGUCAGACAGAUCUUCUAGUUGCAGCAGCCAAGACUGGGAAAAUUAUCAAUGUCAAGAAGGGCCAGUUUUGUGCUCCUUCGGUCAUGGAAAAUAGUGUUGAAAAGAUUAGGCUGGCUGGUAAUUCAAAUGUGAUGGUCUGUGAGAGGGGAACUAUGUUUGGAUACAAUGAUUUGAUUGUUGAUCCACGCAACCUGGAGUGGAUGAGAGAAGCUAAUUGUCCUGUUGUUGCUGAUGUUACACAUUCACUGCAACAGCCUGCUGGGAAAAAGUUGGAUGGUGGAGGUGUUGCAAGCGGUGGUCUUCGUGAAUUGAUACCAUGUAUUGCAAGGACAGCCGUUGCUGUUGGUGUUGAUGGAAUUUUCAUGGAGGUGCAUGACGAUCCUUUGAAUGCGCCCGUUGAUGGUCCAACUCAAUGGCCAUUGCGCCAUUUGGAGGAACUUCUUCGAGAGCUUGUGGCAAUUGCAAGGGUGAGCAAGGGGAAGCAACCAUUCAAUAUUGAUCUUACACCAUAUCGUGAUUGAAGAUUUUAACGAGUCCACUUUAACUUUUAAGAAAAUAAACCUACUGUUAAAUUAUUGCUCAUGUCAUGUUUUGCAUUUACAUGCAUUGAAAUUGAAUAAUGAAUAUUGGAGGAUUUUUUUUAUAGGGCCUCUGAAAAAGACCCCAUCAGUAGGGUCUUUAAUAGCCUAUGAGCAGUUGACACUUUAUUUAAUGAAAUUGUGUUUUGUUUGGA